AUGGUGGGCGAGGAAGCAAGCGUGCCCUCGGCAGCAGAGGCGGAAGGCUCCUUGGCAGCCCCAGAAGAGGCCCAGCCCCGUGCGGGAGAGUUGCCCUUUGCUGGCGCCCAGGGAGAGGCUGAGGAGCGGAGCCUCCCCUGGCAGAAUGAAGAGGCCGCCGGGAUCCCCAGGAAGCACUCAAUCAAGCAUCUCCUGAAGGAAGACUCGGACGAGGCUGAGCUGGUGCAGUUCCUCAACGACUACCCCGCCGAGGAGACCUUCCGCCGCGUGGAUCCGGACAGGACCCGGAAGGAGGAAGGCCCCAGCCGCGAGGAGCCCGAGAUGUUUGCCAGCGCGGCGCUCCGGACCACGCCUCACGAGGCCGGCGAGGAGAAGGACCUGAAGGCCUUCCACCGCCCCCGGCCUCUCGACCUGAAGGGGCAGCAGCAGCAGCAGCACAUGGCAGCCCCGGCCCCCUCCAGUCCAUCCCGGCCCAGGAGCCCGUGGGGCCGGCUGGACCCCUACGAUUCGGACGAGGAUGAUAAAGAGUAUGUUGGGUUUGCGACGCUCCCGAAUCAGGUCCACCGGAAGUCGGUGAAGAAAGGAUUUGACUUCACCCUCAUGGUUGCAGGAGAGUCUGGCCUGGGGAAAUCUACCUUGGUGAACAGCCUCUUCCUUACGGAUCUGUACAAGGACCGCAGAUUCUUAAAUGCAGAAGAACGGAUCCUCCAGACGGUGGAGAUCACCAAGCACGUGGUGGACAUUGAGGAGAAAGGGGUGAAGCUGCGCUUGACCAUUGUGGACACGCCUGGCUUUGGGGAUGCGGUCAACAACACCGAAUGCUGGAAAACUGUAGCUGACUACAUCGACCAGCAGUUCGAGCAGUACUUCCGGGACGAGAGCGGCCUCAACCGGAAGAACAUCCAAGACAACCGGGUCCAUUGCUGCCUCUACUUCAUCUCGCCCUUCGGACACGGGCUGCGGCCUCUGGACGUGGAGUUCAUGAAAGCGCUCCACCAGCGUGUGAACAUCGUCCCUGUCUUGGCCAAAGCAGACACCCUGAUGCCCUCAGAGGUGGAUCGGAUGAAGAACAAGAUCCGUGACGAAAUCGACCAGUUUGGCAUCCGCAUCUACCAGUUCCCCGACUGCGAUUCCGAUGAGGAUGAGGACUUCAAGCAGCAGGAUCAAGCCCUCAAGGAGAGCAUCCCUUUCGCUGUCAUCGGCAGCAACACUGUCGUGGAGGCCAAAGGACGACGGAUCCGUGGCAGGCUGUACCCGUGGGGCGUCGUGGAAGUGGAGAACCCCGUGCACUGUGACUUCGUCAAACUGCGCACCAUGCUGGUGAGGACCCACAUGCAAGACCUGAAGGACGUGACGCGGGAGACGCACUACGAAAACUACCGGGCGCACUGCAUCCAGAGCAUGACCCGCAUGGUGGUGAAGGAGCGGAAUCGCAACAAACUCACCAGAGAAAGCGGGACGGAUUUCCCCCUCCCGGCCGUUCCCCCCGUGCCGGAUGCGGAGACGGAGAAACUGAUUCGGGAGAAAGACGAGGAGUUGCGGCGGAUGCAGCAAAUGUUAGAGAAAAUUCAGCAGCAGAUGGAGGACACUCACUAGCCAACCCCCCCUCCCCGCCC